GACAUGUUUGUAUGUUUCUAACCUAACUUUUAAACAUUUUUUCGCGGUUUUUGUAAGUGCAAUGAUUUGUUUCUGUUUGGUACGCUAAUCAUAAACGGAGCUAACAUUGUUGGUUUAAGUUUGUAUGCACAGUUUAAAUUUGCUGUUUUUGCAUUAAUUGUAUUUGGGUAUAUGCAUGAACAUAAACAUUGUAUGAGUUGCAAUUUACUUUGAACAAAUGUAGUUUUCAUAUGCGAAGUGAUUAAAUUAUUGAGUAUGGCGCAAAGAAGCAUUAGGUCAUUCUUUACUCCGAUUAAAGUUUCAGAAAACAUUGAAGGCGAUGAAGGAAAAAUUGCUGCUUCAAAUCUAUUAUUUGAGAAAUCAAAAGAUGUUAACAAGAGAUCCAGGAAGUCUAGUAGCGGUGAUAGUUCACCAGACACCAAAAAACCAUGCACGUUGACUGAUGUUGGCUCAAAAGCAAAAACAGCAGUAGAUGGAAGUGGACAGACAGAAGAGAAAAAUAAUUUACUUAAGGAACGAAAAUCUACCACCGAUUUAACGUUAUCUACAAAUAAAAGUAACGAUAAAGGUAACGACUCGUACAAUCCAAAUAUUGUAAAAUACCAUCCAAUCAAUGAUGCCACUUGGGAAGCAAAUCAAAAAGUCCCUUAUAUUGUACUAACUCGAACUUUGGAAGAAAUUGAAAACACGUCCGGUAGACUAAAAAUCAUUGAAAUACUGAGCAAUUUUUUUCGUUCUGUAAUUGCGUUAAGUCGUAAUGAUCUUCUUCCGUCAUUGUAUUUAUGUUUAAAUAAACUUGGACCCGCAUAUGAAGGACUUGAGCUUGGAGUUGCUGAAACAAGUCUAAUGAAAGCUAUAGCAUCAUCUACUGGUAGAUCGAUGGAUCAAAUCAAAUCAGAUUGUCAGUCGUUGGGUGAUUUGGGUUUAGUAGCUGAACAGUCCAAGACCAACCAACGCAUGAUUUUCCAACCCACCCGUCUUACUGUUCCUGGAGUUUUCGAAAAAUUAAAAGAAAUAGCAAAUUUAACAGGACAUGCUUCUCAGACGAAGAAAAUUGAAAAAAUUCAAACCAUGUUUGUCGCCUGCAAAAAGUCCGAAGCGCGUUUCCUAAUUCGAUCUUUAACUGGGAAAUUGCGAAUAGGAUUAGCUGAACAGUCUGUUCUUCAAGCGUUGGCAUUGGCGUGCACUUUAAAUCCCCCGACGUCAAAGGAUGAAAUAAUCAGUGUAGACGUAUCGAAAAAAUUAAACUCGGAACAGUUUAAAACUGAAUAUGAUGAGUUAGCUCUGAUUUUGAAGACCACAUAUUGCGAAUGUCCAAAUUAUGAUUUAAUAAUACCAAAAUUAUUGUCGGAUGGAAUAGAAAAAUUGCCAGAUUAUUGUAAACUGACACCUGGAAUUCCAUUAAAACCCAUGUUAGCUCAUCCAACUAAAGGAAUUCAAGAAGUUCUGCAACGCUUUGAUGGCAUGAAGUUUACAUGUGAAUGGAAAUAUGAUGGGGAAAGAGCACAAAUUCACAUAAAUGGAAGUGAGGUGUUCAUUUUUAGUCGUAAUCAAGAAAACAAUACAUCCAAAUACCCAGAUAUCAUUUCAAGAAUUGAUAAAUGUAAAAGUGAAGAUGUUAAAUCGUGCGUACUCGAUUGUGAAGCUGUGGCUUGGGAUCGCGAAAAUAAAGUGAUUCAACCUUUCCAAGUUCUUAGCACCAGAAAACGGAAGGAUGCAGAUCAGUCCCAAAUAAAAGUACAAGUUUGUGUCUUUAUGUUUGACCUCUUAUAUUUAAAUGGUGAAUCACUUGUUAAAAGACCAUUUAUUGAAAGACGGAACCUGUUGAAACAAUACUUCAAAGAAGUUGAAGGAGAGUGGUGUUUUGUUACUGCAAUAGAUACAACUGUAAUGGAAGAGGUACAGGAGUUUCUUGAUGAAAGUGUUAAAGGUAACUGCGAAGGUUUGAUGGUCAAAACGUUAGAACAAGAAGCUACAUAUGAAAUUGCUAAGCGAUCACGCAAUUGGCUGAAAUUAAAAAAGGAUUAUCUAGACAGUUGUGGAGACACAUUGGAUUUGGUAGUAAUUGGAGGUUAUUUAGGAAAAGGUAAACGGACUGGUACAUACGGUGGUUUCUUACUAGCCUGUUAUGAUCAAGAAAGUGAAGAAUUUCAAAGUAUUUGUAAGAUCGGUACAGGCUUUUCAGAUGAUGCACUUCAGCAACAUUCGGAAUUCUUUAAAAGUCAUCUGCUUUCGGAGCCAAAGUCAUACUAUAGGUAUGACACCAGUCAUGAACCUGAUCAUUGGUUUGAUAGUGUACAAGUCUGGGAAGUCAAAUGUGCGGAUUUGUCACUUUCUCCUGUUCAUAGAGCUGCAAUUGGAAUCGUCGAUUCUGAAAAAGGAAUAUCGUUAAGAUUUCCUCGGUUUAUUCGUAUUAGAGAUGAUAAAACUGUGGAACAAGCUACGUCGUCGCAACAAGUAGGAUCAUUGUAUUCCAGUCAGGAGCAAGUGAAAAACCAGAUGACAGGGAAGAAUAAAUUAAAUGAAGACUUUUACUAAAUAAUUUUACGGUAGUCAUCUACUCUUAAACUGUCAGCAUCAUUGAUACAAAUUUUUAAUCAGACAUCAGAGCAAUUUGUAUUUUAUUCAACACAUUACAAUAUAUGUUUUUAUAAAAGGAAUUAAAAUUUGAUCAACA